AUGCUUAACAAAAACAUGAAUGACGAAACAAAAAUCUAAGAGAGAAACAAAGCAUUUUAAAUUACAAAGAAUCCAAUAUUUUAAAGGAGACUAUCAUAAAAAAAGGAGAUCUCUUUGACCAAACAAACCUACUCCUAUUUAGAAAGAAACAACUAAACUUCUAAAAAUUAUGAAUACAUAUGA